AGCUGUUCCAGGCUGCCAGGGGCCAGGGGUUGAACCUGUCUGACCUCAGUCCUGCUCACUGUGCCCGGGGACCAGCCCAUGGGGCUGGCAGGGAGGAGCUCCAGGCUAAUAAAUGUGGCAGCAGCCGUUCCUCAACGUCUUCAGAUACUUCAAGGUGGACGAGUGGAAGCGGUCCACUAAGGAGGGCGACGUGGCUGCCGUGACGGACAAGACCCUCAAGUGCACCGUGUAUCGCGUGCGGGGCUCUGUCUCUGCUGCCAAUUACAUCCAGCUUCCCAAAACCAGCACCCAAUCGCUGGGGCUGACCGGACGGUACCUGUACGUGCUCUUUAGGCCCCUGCCUGCCAAGCAUUUUGUCAUUCACCUGGACGUGUCUACAGAGGACAGCCAGGUAAUCCGAGUGUCUUUCUCCAACAUCUUCAAGGAGUUCAAGUCCACAGCCACGUGGCUUCAGUUCCCUCUCAUCUGUGAGGCUGGGACACUCAAGAAAGGUGUGGGCUUCCUUGGUGCCCGCUGGACCUGCCUGCAGCUCGACCUGCGUGACAUCCUCCUGAUCUACCUGAACCGACGCUACAGCCACCUCAAGAGUGUCAGGCUGUGUGCUAGCCUGCUGGUCAGGAGCAUCUAUACCAGUGACCUGUGCUUUGACCCCGCUGUCAGUGUCGCUGAAGCCCGGCGUGCACAACUGCCCAUCACCCCCAUACCUCGAGAAAUGGCAUUCCCGGUGCCGAAAGGGGAGAGCUGGCACGACCAUUAUGUCCACAUCCGGUUUCCAAGCGACAGCUCAGAAACGCCGUUGGAGCUGGUUCAGAAGAGCUGUUCCCCUCCUGAGGCAGUCUUAGUGGGACCCGUGUCGUGGCUUCUCCCUCACCCGGCAGCUUUUAGCAAGCCUGUUCGGGACAGCCUGGCCACCAUGGUCCAGAAGCAUGGCCCCACAGCCUCCCGUCAGGCCCCCUCCAUGCCCAGGCCCCUUCCAGAAGUCAGCCUGUCCUGUGAGUACUCCAAGGUCUCCAGUGUGGGUGGCUCCAGUGGCUGUAGCCAGGAGCCCUUGGCGUGGGUGGAGACCGCUGACAAGCACGUGGCCGGUGACGGCCUUCACCUGUGUGCGCGUCAGCCGACUGUGGAGUGCACAGCCCCAGAGGGUGCAUCCUCACAAGAGCCUCCUAGCAGAAAGCAGAGCCAGCAAGAGGAGGCUUUGGGCAAGAAUCGUUUUCGACAAAGAAGCUUCCUCCCGGAUCCGAUCCUGAGACUCAAGGGGGUCAUCGGCUUUGGGGGUCAUAGCACCAAAUGGGCCCUGUGGACCCAGGACGGGGCCGCUGUCGUGUACCCUUGCCACGCGGUCAUUGUCAUCCAGCAUGUUGACACGCGGGAGCAGCGUCUCUUCCUUGGCCACACAGACAAGGUCUCUGCCCUGGCGCUGGACGGGAGCGGCUCGCUGCUGGCCUCAGCACAGGCACGGCCCUCCAGCAUGCUGCGCCUCUGGGAUGUCCAGACCGGGGUCUGCCUGUCCCUGUUCCGGAGCCCAGUCCACACCGUCUGCUCCCUCAGCUUCGCCAACAACGGGGAGCUGCUCUGUGGCGUCGGCAAGGACCGCCAUGGGCGGACGAUGGUGGUGGUGUGGGGCACGGCCCAGGUGGGGCGAGGUGGAGAGGCUGUCAUCCUUGCGAAGGCGCACAGUGAUGUGGACGUCCAGGCAUUUGAGGUCGCCUUUUUUGAUGAAACCAGGAUGGCGUCGUGUGGGCGGGGCAGUGUGCGGCUGUGGCGGCUGCGAGGUGGGGAGCUGCGCUCCUGCCCUGUGGACCUGGGGGAGCACCACGCACUGGAGUUCACUGACCUGGCCUUCAGGCGGGUCCAAGACAGCCACACACUCUAUGUGUGCAGCCGCAGCGGCCACAUCCUGGAGAUUGACCACCAGCGCAUGGCUGUGCGGCAUGCUCGCCGCCUCCUGCCCACGCAGACCCCUGGCGACCCCCUCCCACAGAAGCAGAGCUUCAGUUUGGGCCCCGGCAUCGCCAUCAGCAGUCUCAGCAUCUCCCAGGCCACUUGCGCUGUGGGCUCCGAGGAUGGCUACCUGCGCCUCUGGCCCCCGGACUUCUCCUCUGUGCUCCUGGAGGCAGAGCACGAGGGCCCCGUCAGUUCCGUCUGCGUCAGCCCCGACGGCCUGCGCGUGCUGUCCACCACGUCCUCAGGCCACCUGGGCUUCCUGGACAUGCCGUCCCGGGAGUACAGCGUGCUGGUGCGCUCCCAUGCCGCCCCGGUGCUGGCCCUUGCCACUGAGUGCAGCCGGGGACAGCUGGCCACUGUGUCCCAGGACCACACUGUCCGCGUCUGGGACCUGGCAACCCUGCAGCAGCUCUAUGACUUUGAGUCACCGGACGAGGCCCCGUGUGCUGUCGCCUUCCACCCCACCGAGCCUACCUUCUUCUGUGGCUUCAGCAGUGGGGCCAUCCGCUCCUUCAGCCUGGAGGUCACCGAGGUCCUGGUGGAGCACAGGUGUCACCUUGGAGCCAUCACAGGCUUGGCUGCCAGCCCUGACGGCAGCCUUCUGUUCAGCUCCUGCUCUCGGGGCACCCUGGCCCAGUGCCAGUACCGCAGCAGUGCACCCCGGUGCCGUGUCCUGCGUGUGGCAGCUAAUGUGGUGUACCAGGAGGCCUGCCUGGGCCCCAGCACCCUGGCAGUCAGUGGGGACAGCCACCUGCUGGCCUUCGUGGGCCCUUCCAAGUACACGGUGACCAUCAUGGACGCAGCCUCACUGGAUGAGCUGCUGAGGGUGGAUGUCAGCUCCCUGGACCUGGCUGGCAGCCGCCUGGACUCUGCUGUAGCUGUCUGCUUUGGUCCCACACCCCUUGGUCACCUGCUGGUAUCCACGUCCUCAAACAUGGUUGCAGUACUAGAUACCACUUCGGGCCGCGUGGUCCGGGAGCUAUCCUCUGUCCACCCCGCGGCCUGCUCUGCCCUCGCUCUCAGUGGGGACGGCCGCUUUCUGCUCACGGCUGCUGACCGGGCCGUCAAGGUGUGGGACUACUCAGGACAGGCCAGCCCUGGCUGCCAGGUGUACAUCGGCCACUCAGAGCCCGUGCGGGCCGUGGCUUUCACCCCUGACCAUCAGCAGCUCCUCAGCGUGGGAGACGCCAUCUUUCUCUGGGACAUUCUGGCCCCCCCUGAGAGAGCCCCCCAAGGAAGUGUGCAAGGCUCUCCUGGGGCCUCCCUGACCCGCGAAGCUGGUCCGGGUGCAAGACAGCUGGAGGACGUGGCGUCUGGGACCGAUGGGCUUCCCCGGCAGCAGGUGCCUGUGCCAUCCCAGGCGUCCUCACCCGGGCUGGUCAUCUGUGCCAGGCCCCCUGAGGGCCGUGAUGGUGCUUUUUCCAAGUCAGAUGAGAGCCAUGGCCCCGAGGGUCUCCACCAGGCCUCAGGCCCAUCUGUGCUGGUGCAGAAGGAGGCUGGCAAGGCCAGCGAUGGGGCCUGGGGGGCUGCAGGGGGCCCCUGGGAUCUCGGCAUGCCACCCCACCCCCGUGGUUGGCCUAGUGCCGGUGGCCCUGGGAGAGCCAGGGCCUGGCCCCCCACUCACCGGGACUCCUCCUGGCACUUCACAGCAUGCUACAAGGCCUCCCCGCUGGCCAAGGGCCUUUCCUUACCCCCUGCCGGCCACGAGUGGCUGCACCUGAAGGCCGUCAUGGGCUACAAUGGGAACGGGCACGCCAACCUGGUCUGGAGGCCAGACACAGGCUUCUUCGCCUACACGUGUGGCUGCCUGGUGGUGGUGGAGGACCUGCACUCUGGUGCCCAGCAGCACUGGCUCGGCCACCCCGAGGAGAUCUCCACGCUGGCCCUCAGCCAUGACGCCCAGGUCCUGGCCUCUGCCUCAGGCCGAAGCAGCACUGCCUCCCGCUGCCAGAUACGCGUCUGGGGCGUGCCGGGGGGCUCCUGCCAGCAGCUCCUUUCUUACCAUGAUACUGCUGUCCAGGCCCUGGUUUUCUCACCAGACGACAGGCUCCUCAUCACGCUGGGGGAUUAUGCGGACCGUACCCUGGCGCUGUGGAGCACGGCCACCUACAAGCUCAUGUCUUCCACACGCCUUCUGGAGCCAGUGCACGGUGUGGCCUUCAACCCCUGGGACGCUGGCGAGCUUGCCUGUGUGGGUCAGGGUGCUGUCACCCUGUGGCUCCUGCAGCCACGUGGGGGUGAUGUCAGCCUCCAGGUCCACCGAGAGCCCAUCCCCAAGGAGGUGGGGGGGUGCGAGCUGACCUCGCUCUGCUACGGGGCUGCACCCCUGCUCUACUGCGGCUCCAGUGCUGGUCAGGUGUGUGUUUGGGACACGCAUGCCGGCCGCUGCUUCCUGGCCUGGGAGGCAGACAACGGCGAGAUCGGAGUGCUGCUGUGCUCGGGUGCGCGGCUGGUCAGCGGCAGCAACGCCAGGCGGCUGCGCCUGUGGGCUGUGGGGGCCGUGCCGGAGCUGAGGCGCAAGGGCUCCGGGGCCAGGUCUAGCUCAGUGUUUAUGGAGCGUGAGCUGACCCUUGAUGGGGCCAUCGUGAGUGCAGUCUUCCAUGACAGCAUGGACAUGGGUGUGGUGGGCACCACGGCCGGCACGCUCUGGUAUGUCAGCUGGGCUGAGGGCACCCACACGCGCCUCAUCAGCAGCCACAGGAGCAAGGUGAACGAGGUGGUCUUCAGCCCCAGCGAGUCCCACUGUGCCACGUGCAGUGAUGACGGGAGCGUGAGGGUGUGGAGCUUGGCCAGCAUGGACCUCCUGAUCCAGUUCCAGGUGCUCAGCCAGAGCUGUCUCUGCCUGGCUUGGAGCCCCCUGUCCUGCGGACGCCCAGAGCAGCAGCGGGUGGCGGCAGGCUACAGCGACGGCACACUGCGGGUCUUCAGUAUCCCCCGCACAGCGAUGGAGCUCAAGAUGCACCCCCACUCGGCUGCACUGACAGCCAUCGCCUUCUCUGCUGACGGUCAGACCCUCCUCUCUGGAGACAAGGAUGGGCUCGUGGCCGUGAGCCACCCUCGUACAGGGAUGACCUUCCGCGUACUGAGUGACCAUCGAGGUGCCCCGAUCUGCACCAUCCAGAGCACGAGAAAAGAGUAUGGAGACCUUGGAGCAGAGGGCAUGGACCUGUGGCUGGCCGCCAGCGGAGACCAGCGGGUCAGCGUCUGGGCCUCUGACUGGCUGCGGGACCACUGUGAGCUCGUAGACUGGCUGAGCUUCCCAGCACCCGCCCUCACAGAGGCUCCUGGCUGCCUGCCACCCUCCCUCGCCGCCUUCUGCCCCUGGGAUGAAGCGCUGCUGGUGUGUGCAGGCCUUGGUGUGCACCGUGAGGUGGUCUUCUACAGCCUCCACCAGAAGCAGGUGGUGGAGAAGAUCCCUCUGCCUUUCUUUGCUGUGUCCAUGAGCCUCUCCCCCCGUGCCCACCUUGUGGCCAUUGGCUUUGCUGAGCAUGUGCUGAGGCUGGUGGACUGUGUGUCGGGGGCUGUGCAGGACUUUGCUGGCCAUGAUGACUCGGUGCAGCUGUGCAGGUUUGCACCGUCUGCUCAGCUGCUCUUCACUGCGGCCCACAACGAGAUCUUGGUGUGGGAAGUCACGGGCCAUUGAGCCAAGGUGGGGACUGUGGGGUCAGGCAUUGCCCUGCUGCUCAGCCAGGCACCUGGCUUGGGCAGAGGCUUGGCUGAGAAGCUGGGUUGGCCAAGGGCCUUGUGCUGGGCCAGGAUAGCUCGAUGGGUUCCACCCCUCCACACCUGGCUGCCCAGGAGUGUGUGCAAUUAUCCAGACUUUGAACACAUGUGAAGUGGUUGUUGCCUCUUUUCCUUGGGGCUUUUGUUUCUACCUUGUACAGUUCAAAUAAAUGUGGGUGUUGCAUUGAG